AUGGCUCCACGUCUAAAGAGGGAGGAAGACCCCUCAAAUGACAAGUUCGGCAACCGAUUCGGAUGGUCGAAGAGUAAUAGCGGUAAAUUCGGCGAAGUUGACAAGAAGGGGAAAACGCGACUGUCUUCUGAGGGCGAUAGUCAGUCCGACGAUACCAAGAGCUCGAACUCGGGCUCGAAUUCGGACAGCAGCAAAAGUUCGGGAUCCUCAAACGGUUCCGACAGCAAUAGAUCGUCGUCUUCCAAUAGUUUCCCCAACAACAGCUUCGGCGGCGGCAACAGUGGCGGGAGCAGCGUCGAAAGCAAUGGAUCAGGGAUUGACAACAGCCCCAUAAUCAGCACUCCUGCUGCCGACACUCCGUCUAGUUCUUCGGAUACAACCUCGACGUCAUCCCCAGCUCCCACCUCUAGCAAAUUCGGCAACCCAUCACAGGCGAAAACCCCGCAAUGCUUCUCGUGUAUUGCUGACAACGAUGCCAGAGUGCUGUAUUCAGGUCCGUGGACAUUGAACAGUGCCAACUUUUCCACUAGUCACAGUACGACGACACCUGGAUCUUCACUGUCGUUGGUAUUUAACGGAACAGGGAUUGUUGUUUUCGGUACUGUACCACCGAGUAACAGCACGCAUCCGCCUCCGAGCGCAUCAUAUACCAUUGAUGCCGACCCUCCCUUCACCACCAACGAACCUCUGGCCACUGAAACGAUCCGCUUCCAGCCACUGUUCAAAGUUUCCUCCCUUUCCGCCUCAGAACACCGAAUAUUCAUAAAUGUGACCGGCGCGGAAACUCCUUAUACUAUUGACUCGUUUUUCAUCGUACCUGGUCCUUCUGCUGCAGGGCUAGCGGACGCUAAAGACGGUGCGGGUCCGACGGUUUCAUCAGAUCCUACCCCAAGCACGCCCAAUGCACCAUCAAUUCCCUCGUCAUCCGACCUCCCCCCUGCCAACUCUCACAAUACAGCCCAACGGCGUCGGCGACGUCGUAGGCAAGGAAACCCAUCAGGAAUGGCUUGGUUCGACAAAUAUACUCGACAGCACACGGUGCCUGCGCCCACUAUCUUCACUUCGACCGAAUCGAUCAUGCAGGCCACGCCGAGCAGUUUAUGGUCGACUUUUUCGAGAAGCGACAGACAGAGUCUCGCUACUUUUUCUCCCAAAAUUGUCCCUAAGGUUAGGGACCCGCCUCCGCUCCCACCCAAGCCGCGAACGCGGCUAUCUCUUCCUAUUAUUGGUGUGGAUCACCAGAUACCUUAG